UAACUAUGGAGUGUAACGUUAAAAACAAAAGUAGUUUAGCUUGGUACAGACAGAGUUUUGGAAAAGUGCCUCAGUUUUUUGCGAGACCGUACGCUAGCCCUCCUGGCUACAUAUUUGCUGAGGAAGUUAAAAAUAGUCGCUUCAGUGUUACUCUAAAGGACCAAAAGUUUGAUCUCAACAUUAAUGAAAUAAGAGAAGAUGAUGGAGGAGAAUAUUUCUGUGGAUAUGUGGAUGGAUGGAUACUAAAGUUCACAUCUGGAACACGUCUGCAGUUUGAAGGUGAAGAGAUGAAACCCUGUCCUACACCUGGAACACUUAACAAGAACACACACUCUGUUACACACCAGGGUUCAAACAGCAGAGAUGGAGAAGGUGAGGAGACAUUGGAGCUGCACUCGGUGGACUUGGAGAUGGAGGCCGUGGAGAAGCUGAUCCGCGACCUACAGGUGAAGCUGGCCCGGCUACAGCAGCGGAAAGCCACGCUGGAAUCGUCGCGGACCGACGCUCACCUGUCCCAGGUAAAUUCUCGGCAUGAGAAUUCUCCGACAACCUCUACUCCGCGUGCUUCUCUGCCCAGGUCCAACGCACCGAGAACGCAGCCUGCCCAGCUUUCCUUCAACCCGGCGCCGGGAUACCACGAGGCCUGGAAACUUCAGCAGCGGAAGACGCGCGCCAAGCCCCGGGCGAGGACCUCUCCUCCUCCGCCACCACCCGUCUUCGAGAUCUCAACCCGAAACCGCUUCGCUCCUCUCCGUGAGACGGCACACGACGCGCUGGUCAUCGGAGACUCCAUUGUCCGGCACGUGCGUGCUACCACAGCUAAAGGUAAGGCGUACACGCGCUGUUUACCUGGUGCACGUGUUCUUGAUGUUGCUGCACAGGUGCCUGCGGCCCUGAGGAAGAACAUUCGAGCUGUGGUUCUCCAUGCUGGCACCAACGACAUCAGGCUGAGGCAGACGGAGAUCCUAAAGAAGGACUUCAGGAGCCUGGUUGAGAAGGUCCGCAGCACAUCACCCACGACAAAGAUCGUCGUAUCUGGACCACUUCCGACAUUUCAGAGAGGAAUCGAGAGGUUCAGUAGAUUAUUUGCCUUCAAUGAAUGGUUACAAUCUUGGUGUCAACAACAGAGAUUACCCUUUGUUGAUAACUGGAAUGUUUUCUGGGAGCGUCCUAGGCUCUACCGCACAGAUGGCCUGCACCCUAGCAGAGCUGGAGCAGCGGUCCUCUCUGACAACAUCUCCAGGACAUUACGAACCAUCUGACUUGCGGUAAGUCAUACCUCAGAUUCUUUAGAUAUCAGCCACAAUACAACUCACCAUACUAAUAGACGCACACACAUAGCUUGUACUAUAGAAACUGUGUCUAUUCCCCGAUUAGUGAGAAAAAAGAAUAAAUUCGUUAAAUCCAGCCGAAACAAUCUGGUAACCAUUAAACCAGAAAAAGCCCAAAUAAGUAAUCGAAGUCUACCUCUAAAGUUUGGACUUCUCAACAUUAGAUCCCUUACGCUAAACCAACCGUCUGCUAGCUGCAUAGAGUCGUCACUCAGGGUUCACUCUAUUGAGACUGUGUCUGUUCCCCGAGCUAAAAACAAAUUUAGAAAGACUCAGAAAGUCUGUUUUAGUAAUUUAAUUAGCAUAAAGACCACAAACUCGGAUCAGACUGAAUGCGCAGCCGGCACCUCUGAUCUGAAGCUAGGACUGUUAAAUAUUAGAUCUCUCGCAUCUAAAGCAGUUAUAGUUAAUGAAAUUAUCACAGAUCAGGAGUUUGAUAUACUCUGUUUAACAGAAACCUGGAUUAAACAGGACGAGUAUGUAGCUCUAAAUGAAGCUAGUCCUCCUGGAUACAGCUACAUACACCAGCCUCGGUUAACUGGUAGAGGAGGAGGCGUCGCAGUUAUUCACAAUGAUAAUUUGACUAUUGUACAAAAACACGGACACAAAUUUAAUUCAUUUGAAAUUCUUUAUAGUAACAUAAGUGUAUUUAACUAUAUUAAGUCAGCUCAGUCGAUCCCGCUAAUUGUCAUUUACAGACCUCCAGGGCCGUACUCGGAAUUUCUUAGUGAAUUUGCAGAUUUCCUCUCAAACCUAGUCAUUUCUGUAGACAAAGUGUUAAUUGCUGGAGAUUUUAAUAUUCAUUUUGAAAACCCAGAA